AUGAUAAUAUAUUCACAAGACACAAAUGUUUAUGUACUUCCAAUUGGGAUCAUAGAAUAUAUAAUCCUUAUGGCAUAUACGUAUGCCGAUUAUUCAAACCUUUUAGACAAAGUUUUGUUUAGGUUAUUUAAAAGCCUUCUUCGUAGCAACCUAUCAAUGGUAUCUAAAAGAAUGUUUAUGUUGAUAUCAUCGGAAUGCACAACAUUGAAAUUCUUAAUAGCAUAUCACAGACCAUCAUUUGUCAAACAACAUUUGGAAACCAACUUGAAUCUAUAUUCUGAUAAUCUAAAGAACAUUAGAACCAGUAGAAAAUAUGUAUUGAAUGAAAUACCGACCAAGUUAAAACAUCAAAUGGAACGAGUAUCAUUUACUCAUUUAAAGUUGAAAGAGUUUGAACAUGAAUUACAAGGUUUUAGAAAUUUGAAACAAAUAAUAUUUGAAAGAUGUGAAUUCAAUUUGGGUGAUUUACUUGGUUGUCUAUCUACACUAUGUCCAAUUUUAGAAUACUUGGAUAUGUCUGAUAAUCCAAAAGUUCAAUGUGAUUCAGUUUGCAAUAUUUCAUUACAAUUGUCCUCAUCAUCAUAUGCAUCUCUAUUAUAUCUUUUUCUUCCAAGGAAAAUAGAUCUUGGUUUGUUAGCAUACAAUGAUUUCCCACCAUCUCCGAGCAUCAAGCAUUUAUCUUUCAAAUAUACAAAUUUCUUUCACAUCUAUCAUGACAAUGUUAUUUUCCAAUCCCGUUUGACGAGUAGUAGUCUAGAAUCAAUUCAAAUCUUUAGCUUUAAAAAAAAAGAAUUACAAGGAUUUCAUCAAUUUGUUCUUAUCAAUCAUUCCAUAAAAAGUUUCAUCAUUGAUGUUGACCUUGUAGAAAAAGUUAUGCAAGUGUUGGAACAUUGGCAACUAGAAGAAUUAGUUAUAGGAUAUGAUCAAUUUCGAUCAGAAAUCAAAUUAAAAUGGAUUUUAAGUUUACUUUCCAAAACUAGUAUCAAAAUAAUUACCAUUCAAACCAAAUGCCUAAAUACUAAACUUGAACCUGGUGAAAAUGUUCCAUUUUUCUUUUUUGAAAGUUCAUGUGAUCUUCUUUAUGGUCCAACUCAAUAUCGUUAUAGUUUCAAAAGAAAAUAA